UACUCUUAAUGGAGUGCCAUACUGAUAUUCAUUUUCAUAGGGAAAUAGAUUGUUUUCCUUCCAUUUGCAAAUUUGAAUACAUGCAUUUGAUAGAGGGAAGAGAUAAUUUCCAUGCUGAACUAAACACAAUGAUGUGUGAUUCGUAUAUUGUGCCAUCAUGCGUGUAAUUAUGAAAUUAUUAAGUAAUCUGUUGGUAAAAUGUUAGGAAGUGAACUCAAGUGUAUAUGACAUGCAUUGUGUCUUGCUUUAAGAAUAUUGGUUCAUUAAGGUGAAGAAUAUAAAGUUGGUCCACACCUAAUUAACUUUAAGUAGUCCUAAAUAUGUGUUUUUCUAGUCAUGCAUGUAUGCAUUAUUUUUGUUUGCACGCUCUUUUUACAGUGUUCUGCUUCAGGCAAUGUUUCUUAAUUUUACCAUUCUGGUGAAGUAGUUGCCUAGUAUACAUUUUAAGUUUUGUACAUGCUAUUAUAAUUUAUAGGUAUAUUUUUAGUGAUACUACUUUUUAAAGUAUUUUUUGGAAGAUAAAAUAAGCCAAAUUACAUAUUGUCAUAGCAGUGCUCAGAAUAUAGAUACAAUGGUAACGUAUAAUAAAAAUACAUCAAAGGGAAAAAUAAUGAAAAAAGCUGGUCACUAUAAUUGGGCUGUAUGAAUGCCCUGCCCUUGGCAAUAUGCAUCAACUUUGUAGUGUAAACAUCCCUUUGUUGUAGACAUAUCUGACUGGGUAAUUUGACAGUGGUCAUGUUGUUUUAAUUGAUGGCCAAACCGGGUUCAUUGGGCGAUGCCAGCUGAGGCAUCUAUUUUCAUCAUUUCAUACCAUACAUAUGUGCUGACCAGACUUGGUGUACCAGUGUAGAUUAAUUUGUGACUUUUUACAAACAUUUGGUAUUUUGACAGAACAAUCUUUACCAUCACAGAAUUUGUCUGAGCCAUGGUAUAGAAAGAAGAGACUAUGGCCCAAGACACAGCAGUGACUAGUACAGACAUUUUGUUUCCUGAGGAAAACGAGCCAUCAACCUCAUAUCUGGAAGACACAUUUUAUUCCCCACCGUCAAGCUACUCAGCCUAUUCCACCUAUUCUCAUGAACUAAAGUUUAUGUUUGGAAGCAGGUCAUCUACACCUGAGGAACCAGACAACCAGGACUAUACAGACGUAACCACAAUCACAGAGCGAAAGAAAAAACGCUCAGCCAAAAAUCAAAAUCGUUUUGUCACAGAGGAUUACUUCAAACCACCAUUAAAUGACACAAAACCAGACAGUUAUCCCAAUUUUCACCAAAGCUUCCAUAUAGACUACUAUACCAAAGGCACCUCUCAGAAGUCAAACCAAAGGACAUGGUCACCUCAGCCUCACAAUAUGGGUGUAGGCAGUAGUUUCCAGGCCCCAGUGCCAAAGCGUAAUUACCGUAGUAACGAACAGUUAGACAAUCUAGAUGACCAUCAUGGACACAUCUAUGAAGAUCUUCCUGACCACCCACCACAUCCUCCAAAGAUCACUCCAUACAGUGGAUUUCUCAGCCAGGUGCCAGGGAAGGUAGUGAUACGACCAAUUGCGUUUAAACCAGUGGUGCCAGCUCAGCAGCGUUAUGUCUCCCCAUCACAGACAGCUUCUCGUGACAGCAAAAUUCCCAGUCAAACCAGCCAAGAUGAUGGCUAUGGUUCUCAGGAUUAUCAGUCUACAAAUCCUUCCCAGAAUUCUUUUGGAAUGGAGAUGGAUCGCUCUAUUGGAGGAGGAAGCACAGACUAUCCAAAAUUACCUGAAAGGCCUUCAUCAUUUGCCUCGUCAAAUGUAAGCCAUCUGUCCUCUACUCAUAGAGGGAGUUACCCUCAGCAGACACCUUCUCCAAGCGACAGUGGUGUAGGAGAACUGGAAGUCAUGUUACGUGAAAAAGACACUGAAAUAUCCCACCUUCGUGAAACAAUGGAGCACAAUGAGAGGGUUAUCUUCCAAGUUUAUGAAGAAAAGCAACUAUCGUGGCAUAUGGAAAUGAAAGAUAUGAGGGAAGAAUAUCAGAGGAGACAAAAAGUUCAGCAGCAGAGAAUGUUCAAAAUGGAACAGUCUCUCAUGCUGCAAGUCUAUAAACUUCAGCAAGAAAAGAAGGCUAUGAUUGAAGAAAAUGAAAACCUUCUCAGAGACAAAAAAGCAGCAGAAAAAAGGUUGGAGAUAUGUGAAGAAGACCUCAAAAGUUUUAAAACCCAACAGGAUGAGGCUAAAUGGGAAAUUUGUCAAAAGUCUGGAGAGAUAUCUUUGUUAAAGCAGCAACUUAAAGAAAUCAAAGAAGAGUCAGGGUCAAAAACUAAUGAAACCCUGACCUUGAAGGCACAACUCAAAGAACAACACCAUGAACUAAUGGAUAAGAAUAAACUUAUUGAAAAACUCAAGGAUGAUCUCAGUGAAGUACAGAUGGAAUUACAGGGAGUAAAAGCAGACUUGGAAGUCAUGAAGAGAGAAAGAAGAAAAGACAUAAAAGAAACCUCAAUUCAAACUGAACAAAGAGAAAAUAAUAAAGUUAACGAUCGGGAGAAACAGUCCUGUCAAGAAAUGGAGCAUUUAAGAUUGGAGCUACAAAAGUCAAAAAAACUUUUGGAUGAAUCAAGAGAACAAAUGGAGAAUGAAAAGCACCAGUGGUUUGCUGAAAAAGACAAGGUUGUUAGAUAUCAGAAACAACUACAGCUGAACUAUGUACAGAUGUAUAGAAAAAAUCGCAUGUUAGAGUCUGAAAUUGAACAGUUGACUCUAGAGCUUGAGAACAGAGAUAUGAAGAUGAUUGGUGCCAAUGAUGAGUCAGUGUGUUGAAUGUGACCAGACAGUAGCCAGUUUAUUACUAGUGGCUCUUGUGGUAUUCACACCCUUUUCAGUCUGCAUGCUUGCAAAUAACAGAAGUGAAUAGUCUGGCCAUGAGCUACAAAAAAUUUUUAUUACAGACAGAUGUAUUUUUAGGUGUGGCCAGGGUUUUAGUCCUUCACUGUGGUGCAGUUGCAUUGAUGCCAAUGUGGAAACUUUCUUGAAAGACAUAGCCAGUUUUACAAAGAGAGAAUUGGUUUGACAUUCCUUGUAAUAGUAAUAUGGUAUAUCUGUAAUCACCAAAAUAUUGGUGUUUUUUACCUUUUUUCUGACUUUGAAAUUCUAAAGUUCAGAUGAAUAAAAAGAAAAAUUGGUUAUGCAUCUGACUACCUCACAGGAAAAUGGAACGUGUAAAUCGAAUCUUUUAAAUAUGUUUCCAACUAGUGUGAAUGUGUGGUUCUGAAUCUGACCUAUGUUAUUGUGUUCUAAUACUACUGCUGUGCACAUGAGAGCAAUUAAGUGCCAAUUUGUACAGUUAAAACCUUAUACAGAUUCUUCAAAUGAUAUAGUAUGCUGCCAGUCAGAUGCACUGAUAUUGGACUUCUGUUAGCUUUGAUAACCUGUGUAGUGUGCGUAUAUGUACAUAAUAUAUUUUGUAAUUUUAUUGUUACCUACAUCAGCACCUGUUACUGUUUUAAGCAAGGCAAAUGCUUUAAUUACAACAAAAGAAUCAGUGACUUAGAGAUCUGUCUGCAGAAAAUAUAAUAGAAUUAAAAUACUCUGCAUGAAUCGACCUGGAAGAAAGAUGCAGGCUCUCAAAAGAGUAAAUAUGAUGAAAAUCUAUGAUUGACCUGGGCUGAAAAGUACCGCCAAAAAUCAGAUGGUGCUUUUAGUCCACAUAUGCUGUUUUAAAGUUAAUUACACAAAUAAGUGUAGGUUUAUUUAUUUAACUUGUUUGUAAAUGAUGACUCAAUAUUUAUAUGACUAUUCCUAAUCUUAUCUAUUUAGCCUGCAAAAAUUUGUUUGUUCCUGCAGAUAAGACUUUUUAAUCUUUUACAAGAUUGUCUUGUAAUAUUUAUAAGUUGUUAUUUCACACCUAUGUUUACCAAAGGUUAAAGUUUAUUUGAGUAGAUUUUUCAGAGUGCUUUUUGCUGGUACAGGUAAUAAGUGAACAAUAUAUUGAGUUAGCAACAGAACGUACUGAGGCAGUAUAUCAAAAGUUUUGUUUGUACUUUAUAUAAACAACUUUUCAAACUAAUAUGUUCAGUCAUGCAUCUUUUAAUUUAGACUACAUCCAACUCAUGACUGUUUUUCAUCCGUGAAAUCAAGCAUAGAAAUCUUGCUGAUAUUACUUCUGUAGCUGUAUGCUACAUGAUCUGCCAAUGUAUACUAAAAAUUAUAUAACGCAAUAACUAACAUUUAGAAGUAAAGCUCAUGUGGACAUUGUUAGUAAAUUUAAGUUGGGUCAAGCAAGUUUGUGUAAGCUGUAACCCAAGUAGAGGCAAGCUGUUGUUUGCAUCUGAGAAAAGAUUUCAAUAGUUUGGCUUAAUGCUACUGUAACCUGAGACCUUCAUAAACUUGUUUAAGAAAAUAAAUAUGUUUUACAUUGUA